AUGCCACUAGCUCUUUUCUCGUAUGAUGGUGGAAUGUUUAAAACUGAUAAGAAGUCAACAUUAGCAAAAGCAUUGAACUCAAACGUCGAAGUUUCUGAGCCAACACAGAUUAAUGUAGAAAUAAUCGAUGGAUUUUACUAUUUGUACUUAAUUGGAUCAAAACAAGAUCAAAAUUUAGAUCAACAAGAACAAGAUCAAAAUAUAGAUCAACAAGACCAAGAUCAAGAUCUAGAUCAACAAGAUCAAGAUAUAGAUUUAGAUCAACAAGAUCUAGAUCUGGAUCAACGAGAUUGUAAAUUGGUUUCCUUCGGUUGUCCCGAAUGUCCAUCUUGUAGAUCUAGUUCUAGAUUUGUAAAUAUAGAUCUUGAUGAUCUAGUUCUAAAUUUUUUUCUUGUUGAUCUAGAACUAGAUCUUGAUCAUGAUCUUGUUAAUCUAGAUCUAGAUUUUGAUCUUGAUGAUCUAGAUAAAGAAAUUCAUGAUCUAGAUCUUGAUCUCGAUAAACAAGAUCAAGAUCUCUAUCUAGAUAAAGAUCUAGAUCUCUAUCUAGAUAAAGAUCUAGAUCAACAAGAUCAAGAUCUAGAUCAACAAAAUCAAGAUCUAGAUCAUAUAUUAACAGAUCUAGAUAUAAAUCUACACGAUAGACAUCUACAACAACAGGAUCAAGAUUUAGAUUCGAUCAAUCUCAUCAUUAAACAAAAGCGAUCCCAGGGAGAAAAGAAUGACUUCAUAAAGCAUGGGAGUCUAAGAUGA